UACCAAUGGACAUGAAAAAACUUGAAAAAAUGACCCCGCAAGAGUAUGUAAGAAAACACUGUAUUAUAACAUCAAGACGUCAAAACUUGUACCAGAAAAUAUUCCUGAAAAACAAAGACAAGACUCAGGUUAUUGUAUACAAGGAUUUGGACCGGUCAUUGAAGGAUGUCCUGGUGAACACUAUUACCUCAGAACAAGUUCAAGAUGUCCUUAACAUGUUAAAUAUAACAGAGAGUACCAAAGUAGAUUACCAACUGUUCGCUGGCAUGGCCGCAUUUGCUGAACGUGUUCUUUAUCCCUCAUUUGUAACUGAUGACACACGAGAGAUGCCAGAAUAUCAAAGAGAGAAGAUAGAAUGUGCUGAUUUCUCUGCGUUACCAUGGAAACUACAUGGGGUCAAGGUCAACUCAGAGAUGAGAAAAAUGUUGGAACAAAUCAGCUGAUGAUGUGCAUUUAAAAACUGUAUUCAUGAUCAAGAGCCAUUGUUUCUAGUGAAGGAGAAUUGGACUCGCAUGAAUUACAUUACAUUAGAGAAUUCAGUUUGACUACUGUAGAUCUAUUUUUAGAAAAUUGGAUUCUUUAAAACAUUUGAGGAUAUUAUAUAAAGUAAACGACAGUUCAGUGAAAAGUUGGUUUGUUUACUCAAAAAAUUAAACGUUUCACUUAUGCCUCAAUUUAAAUUUGGGCCUUAACACAUCAUGUGACAUGUUUUACUAAUGCCUUUAUUUUAAAGUAGGGCCUUAAUGUCUUACUGCAAUAUGGUUAUGCUUAUUUCUAUACCAAAGAAAAAUGACAUAGAAAGGGAGGUAAUCAUAAUAUACAAUCAUGGAACGAAUUACAAAUUACAUAUUUUUAUACUUACAUAAAUUAUGAUUUAUUAUAUUGCAUAAUACGCAAACUUUAAUGAAUUGUGCAUGUUAUUUGUUAUUUAUAUAUAUACUUUUUCACCUGUUUUAAUGUCUAAAUGUUGAAAGAUUAGUCCAAAACAACUGUUUUAACACAAGAAAUAAAAGUGACACAGCAAUUUUGCACUAGUCUUACAACAUUUUUCUGUUGCUAGUAGUUUAUACCUUAUUGUAUGUUAAUGUUUUAUUCUUGGAGGAAAAAAAAGGGAAUGAAUUCAAAAUUUGUGUGCAUUCACCAAAGUUAAUGAGAUUUUUAAUAUAAUAAUUAGAUUCUUGUAUGCUGACAGUGGUCUUAUAUUUUAAACAGUGCUCCUGAAAAAAGUGUUGUUAAAAUUUGUUCUAUUACCACAUUUAAUUGGAUUCCAGUAUACAGCAGAACAGAACGAAACAAACACACAUUUAAUUUUAUUUUGGAUUUGUACAUAGUACAUCAGCACUAAAAAAUAAAAUUAAUACACAAAUUGUAAAGAUGUCAUGUUUAUAUUCAACAAUUAAUAUACAAUUUGAUAUCUAGUAACUAUUUUACUCAAUUUGUUAAAAAUACUAAAUAAAAUAUUAACUUUAUUAAGAAUAACACAAGUUAUCUAAAAUCUACAUAAAGAAUCUACAUAAUAUACUUGUCUGUUUCUUUUUUCACUUGAAAAAUAUUCUUAUAUCAAUUAUGUCUAGGAGCAAGAGUUAAAACCAGUUGUUGUUUAUUUUCCUCUUCAUGUUUAUGAUGUUAAUGUAUGUUAUGUGAUAUUGAAAAAUAAAUUGUGAUAUUUCAUACUGAUAAUGUUUUGUACAUAUAAAGUAUAUACAUGUAUUAUAUAUAUAUGCAAAUUUUCAUGUGAAA